AUGAGUGAUGUUCUACCCAGAUCCGAUGAUCUGGAUGCAACUUGGAAUUUUAUUGAGCCUGUAAUUAGUCAAAUUCUGGGUCGUGAUGGUACUCCAUCAUUAGCGAAAAGAGUUGAUAAAGUUUUAUCACCAACGAUGUACAUGGAGGUUUAUACCGCAAUUUACAACUAUUGUGUUAACAAGUCCAGAUCAUCAGGACAAUUUAAUGCUGAUAAGCAGGAAUCACAAUCAUCUAUUUUAGUCGGUAGUGAAAUAUAUCAAAGAUUGGGUAAAUAUUUGAGAGAUUACAUUAAAAACUUUCAAAAAUCUGAAAAUGAGAGUUUCUUACAAUUUUAUGUGAGAAGGUGGAAGAGAUUUACUGUUGGUGCAAUCUUCUUGAACCAUGCAUUUGAUUAUAUGAAUCGUUAUUGGGUUCAAAAAGAGAGAAGUGAUGGUAAAAGGCAUAUCUUCGAUGUUAAUACGCUUUGUUUGAUGACAUGGAAAGAAGUCAUGUUUGAUCCAAAGAGUGAGAUUUUAGUUAAUGAAAUUUUAAAACAGAUAACUUUAGAAAGGGAUGGUAAUAUUGUACAGAAAGGUGAUGUGACUAUGGCGAUUAAAUCGUUUGUGGCACUUGGGAUUGAUCCACAAGAUUUGAAGAAGUUGAACCUGAAUGUUUACAUCCAAGUGUUUGAGAAACCUUUCUUAAAGAGAACUGAAGAGUAUUAUAAACAGUACAGUGCAGAUUAUUUGACUACCCGUUCAGUUACCGAGUAUAUUUUCGAAGCAAGAGAGAUUAUCUCUAGAGAGGAAAAAGCAAUGGCAGUUUAUUGGGAUGAUCACACUAGGAAACCAUUGUCAGAGACAUUGAAUUCCGUGCUUAUAACAGAACAUGCGUCGAAAUUAGAAUCAGAAUUUAUCGUAUUGCUAGAUUCUAGAGAUAAUGAAAAAAUUUCUGCAGUUUACAAUUUGAUGCAAAGAGAUUUUACACUUUUGCCAGAAUUAGCAAACUCAUAUGAGGAAUAUAUCAACAAGUGUGGUGAAAAUGAGGUUUCGCAUUUAAUUUCUCUACACAAAGCUUCCCUUAUCAAUGGUUCUGAAGAUCAAGCAUCUAACAAGAAACCUGCUAAUCUUUUAAACACAUUACCACCCAAGGAUUAUGUCAAGACUUUACUAGAUGUGUACCGUACAUUCCGUAACAUGACGAACGAAUGUUUCCAAAACGAUCCACUAUUUGCCAAGGCACUUGAUAAUGCAUGUCGAUCCUAUGUGAACAAUAACGAAUUUGCCCUUCCUGCAGGAAUGCCUCGUUCUGCUACUUCGAAGACACCAGAAAUGUUAGCUAAGUACAGUGAUCAAUUAUUAAAGAAAUCUACCAAACCCGAAGUCUCCACAGACAUGAGUAUUGAUGAUAUCAUGAUGCUUUUCAAAUUUUUAACGGAUAAAGAUGCAUUUGAAUCUCACUACAGAAGAUUAUUCGCCAAAAGAUUGAUUCAUGGUACCUCUACAAAUGACGCAGAUGAAGAGAGUGUCAUCCAAAGAUUACAAAGUGAGAACAGCAUGGAAUAUACCGGUAAGAUCACCAAAAUGUUUCAGGACGUGCGGCUUUCUAAGGUUUUGGAAGAAGAUUUCGACGUCAUGAUUAAAGGCUUACCGGACUAUUCAAAGCAAAAGUAUCCUGAGUUACAACCUUUCAUUCUAGCAGAGACCAUGUGGCCUUUCUCAUAUCAAGAUGUAGAUUUCAAACUACCACUAGUGCUACAACACUCUUAUGAAAAGUUGGAGGAGAUGUAUUCUAAUAAACAUAAUGGUAGAGUGUUGAAAUGGUUAUGGCCAUUAUGUCGAGGUGAAAUUAGAGCUGCCAUUGGUAAGCAAGGUAGACCACCUUUCCAAUUUACGGUGACUCUAUUUCAAAUGUCCAUUUUGUUACAAUUUAAUGACAAUGACGUACUUACAUUGGAACAGAUUCAAGAAGGCACUAAUUUAUCAGUGCAAAAUAUAGCGGCCGCUAUGGUCCCCUUUAUCAAGUUCAAACUAGUACAACAGCUGCCACCAGGCCUGGAGAACUUGAUUAAACCAGAGACUCAAUUCCGUCUGGCACGUCCUUACAAAGCAUUGAAGACAAAGAUUAACUUUGCCAGUGGUGUUAAGAACGACGUACUUAACGUACUGGCAACGUCAUCGGAUGCCCAUGCCCAAAAAUUGGUAGCUGCUACAGGUUCUAAUAAGGAACUGACUGAAAACGAAAGAAUCGAAAGAGAACUAGGUGCUGAAAGACAAAUUUUCCUCGAGGCAUGCAUAGUAAGAAUUAUGAAAUCCAAGAGAAAAUUACCACACACAACUCUGGUCAACGAGUGUAUUGCACAAUCGCAUCAAAGAUUCAACGCCAAGGUUUCCUUGAUAAAGAAGGCUAUCGAUAGUCUUAUCUCCAAGGAAUACCUGCAACGUUGCGAUGAUGGUGAAUCUUACAGGUACCUAGCAUGA